GUCACUCCCAACAUGCUCGGCGAGUGAGCACACAGCGGCAAUGCGAGCAAGAGGACACAUCUUCAGAAACAGUGUCAAAUGUCUCUUUCCCUGACUGUGUGCCUGAACAGAACUACAAACAUCUCAUGCCAACGAACUAAGGGAAACCUUUCAAGAUAAUAUGCUGUAGCAUGACAUUACAGAUGAAAAUAUGGCGGCUGGAAGAGCAAACUGCUUUCCUCGUGCGGGUAGUCUCCUGCGAAGUAGGUCAGAGGGUACACUGAUUGAUCUGGAUGAAAAUACAUUGAGUGGUGAAAUUCUGAAAGGUGGAAAGGCAUCUCAAGUGAUAGAGAAGCAUACGUCAACAGAAAACCCCUUUUGGAGCAAGCUGUCAGAAUCAAACCCUUUCUUAGAUGACAUUGUACACACCAACAAAGAUAAGCUUAUUUCCAACGCAGCCAAGACAUAUUCAAGUACUGCAAACCACCUGCAAACAGACAAUACAGACAGCAUUAGCACAUCCUCAGAUGAGGGCAACUACCUGGAGAAGAAAAACAAAGCUAACAACAGAUCUGGGAGAUGGAGGAGUGCCACAGACAUUCUUGAUGAAUUUGAAAGAAAAGUGCCAAAGAGGGUAAACAGCUUCAGACCACCCCAGACCGUCCUACACCCUGAUUUCGAGUGGCUAAAAAAUGACAGAGAAGCCUAUAAGAUGGCCUGGCUGAGCCACAGGCAGUUAACCCGCUCAUGCCUGGACCUAAACCUGAUGAGCCAAAGUCCUGGAUGGGCUCAGACUCAGGCUACAGACUUUCAGGUCAUCUGCAAGAUUGGCAAUGCUGGAGGCUCAGUUCAGCUGCCAGACUCUGACAUUAGUAUACAUUUCCCAGAAGGCCAUAUUGCUCCUGGUGAAGUACAGGAAGUAACACUGAAGGCAAUGCUGGACCCUCCUCCUGGACUCAAUAACAACUACACAACAACUAUCAGUCCACUUUUGGAAGUAGUGCUAAGUAAUAUCAACACAAAGGGUACGAUCUCCUUAAGGAUUAAGCUGUCUGGAGAGGUGCGAAGUGACCCAAUUAGUCAGGGUUUCACCACAGUGUUUGGCCUUAUGUCUAGCAAAAGAGAGGGCCCUUAUAUCAGUGUAGAUAAUUGUGAUGUUUUAAAAAACACAAUGCACAUGAAAGUCCAGCACCUGAAGACACAUUUUUAUGUGAUAGCAGUCGCUGAAGCUUCUGCCAUUCAGUCUCCUGCUACAUCAGUCUGGGAUUACCUUCACCGCCAAAUCACAGUUGCCGUUUAUGGACCUAGGUACAUCCAUCCAACUUUUAAGGUUGUAAUAGUCGUGUGCUGUCAUGAAGAAGUACCGCCAAAGCUUCCCUUUACAGAUAUUUGUAGAGGAAACAAGCAUCUGCCGCCACUGGUGCUGCAGCUGUGGGGAAUGCAUCGCCUUAGGAAUGACAACCUGCAUGACUUGUUUAUCACUGUUAGCCUCACAGGCUCUCCGUUUCAAAUCCGACAUGAGGACAAGGUGAAAGAAGUGAGGCAAAGCAAACUCAAAAUAGGGACGGUUUUGCAUUUACCAGUGGCCUUAUCUUGCGCGAACAGCAAAGACAUGAGUUCUUUUGAGGUAGAUCUGCAAGUGGCAGAGUUAAGGUCUUCAACUGUUGCUGUUUUCCAGGUCCCUUCUCCUCCUGUGGCACCAAUUCGAUGUGACAAGCGCAAUUCAAAGAAGACAAGUCAAAUAAAAGAAGCUGAAAUGUCAAGGAACUCCUCUAUUCGCGAAGAAAAAAAUCCAGAUAUUUCCAAAUUUAAAGACAGACCUGUGAACAUAAAAUGGUACGGUGUAGCUCUAAAGUCAGUUCUCCGUCAGCCACGUGUAGACUACCUACUGGAGUACUUCAAGGGAGACACAGUGGGUCUCUUAUCAAAGCAGACCGUUAGAUCUGUGGGAAAUUCAAAGGCGAAAGAGUGGUAUAUUGGAUUCCUAAGGGGCAGGACUGGUUUAAUACACUGCAAAAACGUCAAGCUCAUUACAGCCGAUCAAGUGAUUGACUUUACCGGUAUUCAAGUGACCACAGACGUGCUUCUGGACAACAUGACACUGCCCUUCAAGAAGCUAACAUACAUGUACUCUGCUAUCCAAACACUGGUCACAGAACACGUGACAAACUGGAGAAGUUUUGCGGAUGUAUUAGGGUACAACAAUCUAUCACUGGACACCAUUACUCACAGAAUUGCUGAAACUGAGGUUGAUAAAGUGGCAUGCGUGCUGGAAAAGCUAAAGGAAGACUGCCACGCUGAGAAGAGUGAGAAGAAAUUCCUUCAUGAACUCAUGGUUGGUCUGUUGAAGAUGGACAACAUCUAUCUUGUGGCCAUGGUGAUUCAGAAUACAGUUAUCCUGUCUACUGCUGUGGAGCUGGGAAUUCGAUGGCGGGAACUUGCUGAAAAAAUGGGGAAACUGACCUAUGCUAAGAUAGCCGCUUUUGAAGCACCACACAGAGGGAAGAAUGGAGAAGUUGGGCAUCAGUUAAUGUGGAAACCUGCCUACGACUUCCUGUUCUCCUGGAGUCAACGUUACGGAGCCAGUUACAAAGACAUGAUUCAGGAUCUUCACCUAGUGCUAGACAGGAUGAAAAACCCCGUCGCAAGACAGUGGAGACAGCUGACCGGCGCUCUCAUCACAGUGAACUGCCUCGAUCUCUAUCGGGCCUCAGCAUACCCAAAGACCUAAGCACUUUGCUCUCUGGGGAAGGACAAUGCCCAUGCACUUUUACAGGAAACAAUCAUAACUGGUUUUAGGAUGGUACUGAAUUUUUUUCUUAUGAAAUUGCAGCUGUGACAUCUGGGAAAAUGAUGAAAAAGACAAAGAUGAAGGUAUUUUGUCCAUUUGCACUUAGUGUGAGUGUGUGUGUGUGUAAGUGUGUGUGUGUGUGUGUGUGUGUGUGUGUGUGUGUGUGUGUGUGUGUAAAUUAGAUACCACAAUAAAAUAACAGUAACAUUUCACUUUGGUAUUUUCAGUUAGUGAAUAUGUUAGCCAUUAACCAACUAUUGCAUGAGGCUGACAUCAAUGUGUUUAUGUUAUUGAAGUUGUUAAAGAAAUUAACAAAAAAUGUGGAGGAAAAUAAUAUGUUGCAGAAAACUGACUGCCUAUUGUAAACCUUUAUUACAGUAGUUGCUUGAAUAUUCUCUUAAAGUGAAAAUUAGCAUUUAUUUGAUUUGUUAUGUUAUAAUUACCUAUUUUACAGAAGUCUUCAUAAUUGAUUUCGACACUACAAUAUGGAUCAGUGUAUAGAGUGGUGCCAUAAAACAUUUGUGUGACACAAAAUUUUUGGUGAUGCAUUUGUUAUAUUAAGUACACAUAUCAACUGCAUUAAAAGUACCUGAAAUAA